AUGAGAGAGAAAAUUGUAGAGAGAGACAAACCCUUAACUCCUCCACCCAAAAGCCCCCCCCCCCCUUCUAAAACCGCCCUCACGACAUCUUACAACCUCCACCAGCGUCAUAGUUCCGCUCCGCCGCCAGGUAGGGUCAACAAGAGUGCUUUGAGUCCAUCCAAGGUUGUUGAUGAUGAUCAUCCCUUGAGUCUUUCUUUUCGGGUUGCCGUAUCACCUGAGUCUUCCAGCUUCAAGGAUAAGCCCGAAUCCUUCCCCAUUUCGAGCCAAGAUAGGGGUGGCCCUCUAGCCAUCCAAAAGGAUCAUGUCAUUGUUCCUAUUUCUGAUGAAGAUUACUCGGCUCUGAGUAAGCCAUGGAACAUGGCCAUAAUAUGUAAGGUAGUUAGGAAAUCCUUCUCAAGAGAAUUUUUGAAGAUUCAACUGGUUAAAUUAUGGUCCUUGCCGGAGAACAUUGAUCUUAUCGCAGUUGGGAGAGGGUUUUACGUGGUUGUUUGCCCAUCUUACCAAAAAAGAGCUUCCAUCCUUGCCGAUGGUCGAUGGGUCAUCCAAGGAGCGCACAUUUGGGUGCAAUGUUGGGAACCGGGGUUUCGGCCGUCACAAGCAAAAUGUAGCAAGGGUGUAGUGUGGGUUAAUCUACCAGAACUACCCUUGAAAUUUUAUAAACAAGAAAUUUUAGUAAAACUGGGUCGCACCAUGGGAGAGGUGGUGAAGAUUGACGCGAGAACGUUAGAGGGAGGGAAUAAGAGAUUUGCAAGACUCUGUCUUCUAAUGGAAGGAGCUAUAAAACCUCCUUCAGGUGCUUGGCUCGGGAAAUCCUUUCAACCUCUUGAGUUCAUGGAGGGCCAGUGGUUUUGUGAGAGCUGCAACGUUAGUGGUCAUUCGGGAAACUCAUGCCGGAAUAAUAGAGCUCCGGAGGUCGCGAAGGGGGGGAAACUCCCUGAAAAUCCCGAAGCCACGUGGGUGCCAUCUGGGUACAAGAAAAAAGUCAACACAAAGGAGAUGAUAACUGAAAGAGGAAAGUCAAAAAUAAGAGGGAAAUCCCACAAUUCUAGGUGGACCCCUAAAAAGACGAAAGAAAAAGAAACAGGAGAGAGAGUCGAAGAAAUAGAAGGCGGCGUGGGUCAGAGAGAAAUGUCUCAUCCUAGGAAACAUGUCGCUGCAGAGGUAAACAAUGAUGAAAAUCCCUUCACUCUCCUUCAAAAUCUUUCGGAAGAUUUUAUGGGAAAUACCAUACCCCCUCUGCUGCCGAAACGUGGCGUUCAGGGUACUGCUACCCUGCUACCCAGAAAUCCCGACGGUUCCUCGUCAAGCGUGUGUUUGAGUCAGUCACCAAAAAACAGCUCAAAACAGAGUGAAACCCAAACCCAUCCAAAUCCUAAACCACAAAAAAUAUCAAACACUAGCCCAGCUGAAAAAAAUUAUGAACUUUCCCAUGGAGAUCGAAGUAUCCUCCCCACCACCUCUAUCACCAUCCUUAAGCCCACCCUCUCCAGAAUCACCCCCUCGAGUCCACCACAUAAAGCCGAUAGCCCCAAUAAGAUUUUUUACCCCAGCCCUCCCCCUCAAACCGGAAACUUCUCUACUAUUCGUGGAUUACAUGCUAGCGGAGGAUCACGGGGAAAUAAUCGAAAUAUCAUUGUUCGAAGUGAAACAAAUGAUCCUCGACCCCAAGAAUGCGGACCCACGGUUCAAGGGGCUGUUAAUGUACAUCUCAGGUGUGGGGUUCUUUCCCGCUCACCUUCCCCAAAUUCAAAAUACAAACCAUCUUCCCCCUAUGGUUCAGAUAUUCCUAAAGUGGCUAAUGAGGAGAGAGGACGGAGCCGACAACGAAGAACGUGA